CUUCAUUGGCGCCGGCACCUCGCCGGCUGUUGUGGAGACCGAGGGCUUUCUGGUGCGCCCUGCGCAGUGCAGGCCGCCUGUGAGGCCGCCCGGCCCCGGCCAGGGCCCCAGAGGCCCACUCGCGCGGUCGUUGGCUGUCAGCCAGCAGGACUGGCCGCUUUACCGCGGGGAGAACGUCUCCUCAGGGCCAUGUCUAGGCCGAGCAGCGUCUCCCCGCGUCCGCCGGCUCCCGGUGGGGGCGGGGGCGGCCCCGCGCCCUGUGGCCCUGGGGGCGGCGGCCGUGCCAAGGGGCUGAAGGACAUUCGUAUAGACGAGGAGGUGAAGAUUGCAGUCAAUAUCGCUCUGGAGCGCUUCCGCUAUGGGGACCAGAGAGAAAUGGAAUUCCCUUCUUCUUUGACCAGUACAGAAAGAGCCUUUAUUCAUCGAUUGAGUCAGUCUCUUGGUUUGGUUUCUAAAAGUAAAGGAAAGGGAGCAAAUAGAUACCUAACUGUGAAGAAGAAAGAUGGAUCAGAAACAGCUCAUGCAAUGAUGACCUGUAAUUUGACUCAUAAUACAAAACAUGCUGUUAGGAGCCUAAUUCAGAGAUUUCCUGUCACCAAUAAAGAGCGUACUGAACUUCUGCCUAAAACAGAAAGAGGAAAUGUGUUUGCUGUUGAAGCUGAAAAUCGGGAAAUGAGCAAGACAAGUGGGCGACUCAACAAUGGCAUACCUCAGAUUCCAGUAAAAAGAGGAGAAUCUGAAUUUGAUUCUUUCAGACAAUCUCUGCCAGUGUUUGAAAAACAAGAGGAAAUUGUUAAAAUAAUUAAGGAAAAUAAAGUAGUUUUGAUUGUCGGAGAAACUGGAUCUGGAAAGACUACACAGAUUCCUCAGUUCCUUUUAGAUGAUUGCUUUAAAAAUGGUAUUCCCUGCCGUAUAUUUUGUACUCAACCAAGACGAUUAGCAGCUAUUGCUGUGGCUGAAAGAGUUGCUGCAGAGAGGAGAGAAAGGAUUGGUCAAACAAUUGGGUAUCAGAUUCGUUUAGAAAGCAGGGUUUCUCCAAAGACACUUCUGACAUUUUGCACCAAUGGGGUACUGCUUCGUACACUGAUGGCAGGAGAUAGUACAUUGUCAACUGUGACUCAUGUUAUUGUGGAUGAAGUACAUGAAAGGGAUCGAUUUAGUGAUUUUUUACUUACAAAAUUAAGAGAUUUACUGCAGAAGCACCCAACUUUGAAACUAAUUCUUUCUAGUGCUGCCUUAGAUGUAAAUCUUUUUAUUAGAUAUUUUGGGAGCUGUCCAGUGAUAUAUAUACAGGGAAGACCAUUUGAAGUAAAAGAAAUGUUUUUGGAAGACAUUUUAAGAACUACUGGAUAUACAAACAAAGAAAUGUUAAAAUACAAAAAGGAAAAACAGCGAGAGGAAAAACAACAAACCACACUUACAGAAUGGUACUCAGCUCAAGAGAAUACUUUCAAGCCUGAAUCUCAGAGACAGAGAGCUAUCCCAAAUGUGACUGAAGAGUAUGAUUUAUUGGAUGAUGGUGGUGACGCUGUCUUCAGUCAGCUGACAGAAAAAGAUGUGAAUUGCCUUGAACCAUGGUUAAUAAAGGAAAUGGAUGCUUGUCUUUCUGACAUAUGGCUGCAUAAAGAUGUUGAUGCCUUUGCUCAGGUCUUUCACCUUAUUUUAACUGAAAAUGUUAGUGUUGAUUAUAGACACAGUGAAACCAGUGCAACAGCUCUGAUGGUUGCUGCAGGACGAGGUUUCUCAAGUCAAGUAGAACAGUUAAUUAGCAUGGGAGCCAAUGUUCACAGUAAAGCAUCAAAUGGCUGGAUGGCUUUAGAUUGGGCUAAACACUUUGGUCAGACUGAAAUUGUGGAUCUUCUAGAAUCUUACAGUGCUUCUUUGGAAUUUGGAAAUCUGGAUGAAAGCUCUUUGGUUCAAACAAAUGGGAGUGAUCUCAGUGCAGAAGACAGAGAGCUUCUGAAAGCUUAUCACCAUAGUUUUGAUGAUGAAAAAGUAGACUUGGAUUUGAUUAUGCAUCUUCUAUACAAUAUCUGCCAUAGUUGUGAAGCUGGUGCAAUACUGAUUUUUCUACCUGGAUAUGAUGAAAUUGUUGGUCUGAGGGAUCGCAUCCUGUUUGAUGACAAGCGGUUUGCUGAUAAUGCACAUAGAUAUCAAGUCUUUAUGCUUCAUUCAAAUAUGCAAACAUCUGAUCAAAAGAAGGUAUUAAAAAACCCACCUGCAGGUGUUCGAAAAAUAAUCCUUUCUACCAAUAUUGCCGAAACCAGCAUCACAGUCAAUGAUGUUGUCUUUGUUAUUGAUUCUGGUAAGGUGAAAGAGAAAUCCUUUGAUGCACUGAAUUUUGUUACAAUGUUAAAAAUGGUAUGGAUUUCCAAAGCUAGCGCCAUACAACGAAAAGGCAGGGCAGGGCGAUGCAGACCUGGAAUUUGUUUCCGGCUGUUCAGUAGACUUCGAUUCCAGAAUAUGUUGGAAUUUCAGACUCCAGAGCUUUUGAGGAUGCCAUUACAGGAACUGUGUUUACAUACAAAGCUUUUAGCCCCAGUUAAUUGUGCUAUUGCUGAUUUCCUUAUGAAAGCUCCUGAACCUCCACCAGCUUUAAUUGUAAGAAAUGCUGUACAAAUGCUUAAGACAAUAGAUGCAAUGGAUGCAUGGGAAGAUCUCACUGAACUUGGGUAUCAUUUGGCUGACUUGCCAGUAGAGCCACAUCUUGGUAAAAUGGUCCUGUGUGCUGUUGUUUUGAAGUGUCUGGAUCCCAUCCUUACAAUUGCCUGCACACUAGCUUAUCGAGAUCCUUUUGUCCUGCCAACUCAGGCCUCUCAGAAACGUGCAGCUAUGCUUUGUAGGAAACGUUUCACUGCAGGAACUUUCAGUGACCACAUGGCACUUCUCAGAGCAUUCCAGGCAUGGCAGAAAGCUCGAAGUGACGGGUGGGAACGAGCCUUUUGUGAGAAGAAUUUUCUUUCACAGGCUACCAUGGAAAUAAUCAUUGGCAUGAGAACUCAGUUGCUUGGUCAGCUUAGAGCGUCAGGUUUUGUGAGAGCAAGAGGUGGUGGUGACAUUCGAGAUGUUAACACAAAUUCUGAGAAUUGGGCUGUUGUUAAAGCUGCAUUGGUUGCAGGCAUGUAUCCUCAUUUAGUUCAUGUGGACAGAGAGAAUAUAGUAUUGGCAGGGCCAAAGGAGAAAAAAGUACGGUUUCAUCCCACUUCAGUUCUCAGUCAGCCUCAAUAUAAAAAGAUUCCUCCAGCUAAUGGUCAAACUGCGGCAAUCCAGGCACUGCCCACAGAUUGGCUCAUUUAUGAUGAAAUGACCAGAGCCCACAGAAUAGCUAACAUCAGAUGCUGCUCAGCAGUGACGCCUGUCACUGUGCUGGUGUUCUGUGGGCCAGCAAGGCUGGCAAGCAAUGCUCUUCAGGAACCUUCAUCUUUUCGUGCUGAUGGUAUUCCUAAUGACAGUAGCGAUAGUGAGAUGGAAGACAGGACUACUGCUAAUUUGGCAACUUUAAAACUUGAUGAGUGGCUCAGUUUCAAACUAGAGCCAGAGGCAGCCAGUUUAUUGCUGCAACUUAGACAGAAGUGGCACAGCUUAUUUUUACGUCGAAUGAGAGCUCCAUCCAAACCUUGGUCUCAAGUUGAUGAAGCUACUAUAAGAGCAAUUAUAGCUGUUUUAAGCACUGAAGAACAGUCUGCAGGCUUACAACAGCCAUCUGGGAUUGGCCAAAGGCCAAGACCUAUGUCUUCAGAAGAACUUCCUUUGGCAUCAUCUUGGAGGUCAAAUAAUAGUAGGAAAAGUUCAGCAGAUACUGAAUUUUCUGAUGAGUCUACUACUGCAGAAAGAGUACUGAUGAAAUCUCCAGCUCCAGCACUACACCAACCUCAGAAGUAUAAAGAUAGAGGAAUUUUGCAUCCUAAACGAAGCACUGAGGACCGGUCAGAUCAAUCUUCUGUGAAAUCUACAGACAGCAGUAAUUAUCCAAGUCCUUGUGCUAGUCCUUCUCCUCCAUCCUCAGGAAAGGGCUCAAAAUCUCCUUCACCAAAACCAAACAUGCCUAUUCGAUACUUCAUAAUGAAGAGUAGCAAUCUGAGAAACCUUGAAAUUUCUCAACAGAAGGGUAUCUGGUCCACAACUCCUAGUAAUGAGCGGAAGCUAAAUCGAGCCUUUUGGGAAAGCAGCGUGGUUUACUUGGUAUUUUCUGUUCAAGGAUCUGGACAUUUCCAGGGAUUUUCUAGAAUGUCUUCUGAGAUAGGAAGGGAGAAGAGUCAGGAUUGGGGCUCAGCUGGACUAGGAGGAGUGUUUAAGGUGGAGUGGAUACGGAAAGAAAGUCUUCCCUUUCAGUUUGCACACCAUUUACUCAAUCCUUGGAAUGACAACAAGAAAGUCCAGAUAAGCAGAGAUGGGCAGGAACUAGAACCUCAGGUUGGUGAACAGUUGCUCCAGUUAUGGGAACGCCUUCCGUUGGGAGAAAAAACCACAACUGAUUAAUAAUUCAGAACUCUUAGCUUUCAGAAGAACAUCAUGCUUCCUUAUAACCACUGAAUGCACUGACGUCCAAAAACUGAGAUGGGGUUGUGUUAUGAAUGAGCUUUUCUGGUUGAAAGUGUUUCUUGACGACCACCAUCUUCAUAUAAAAGAGAAAAGGAUAAUUUAAUUUUUAUAGUGAUCAUAGGGAAUGAUUAUGUGUUUGUUAAAAUGUUUAUAAUUGAAUGAAGUAGUUGUUUAUUUAACACAGCAGCAGUCAACAUAUUUAAUUUGAAGUUAAACAGUUGUCUGAAACACUGACUUAGAUCUCUUAAUUGGUGAUUUGUUUUAAUGCAAGAUAAAUUGUUUACUUUUAAGAAAAGUCUGAUUUUAUCUGUCCACCUGAGCACUAUUAUAGAAGAGUCAACUCUAAAGAUUUAUCAUUAAAAACAAAGAAAAGCAAAUGACCAAAAUGUAAAAAUGUCCCUUUAAAAAAGUACAUGCUAAUUAAGGACUAUUCAUUCUGCCAUUUUUAACCUGAGGUACCUUAAGGAAAAAAAAAAAAAGAAGAAAGAAUCUUCUUGUUCUGCAACUAUAUGAAACACAGUAAAAACUGAAGAAAGGCAGAAUUCCUUCCUGACUUGAAUCACAUCAGAUUAAGUGCUUAAUAGAGGUGCUACCUCUAUUAAUCUGAUGUGUCCAAACCAUCCUUUCUCCUACAUGACAAUCUUCACAUAUUAUCUCUGAUAUAAAAACAGUGAUUAUGAACUCUUCAUUUUGGCUAGAGAAACUUGAUUUAGACAAGUUAAAGAUUUAAGCAAGUUAUACAAGUUGGAAAAAAAAUGCUUGUAACAGUUAAUGGUAACUUGGUUUCUGUAUUUUUCCAAACUGAAGCUCCCAAACAACAUACAAUGUUUUCUAGUACUUUUUAUCCUACUUAUGUUUCCAGGUAAGAUUUCUCUCUUGCUCCUUUUUUUUUUUUUUUUUGCAUUUGUGGUUUAAUAAAUGGAGAGUAACUUUUUGUAAACCCAUGUUAGUGCCAACUCUUACCUUUCUUUGCCAUCUCAGAAUUAUUUGGUUUGAUCUCUUUACCACAGUUGUCUAUAAAAUUUCCUUAGAGGCUUUCUGAAGGGAAAUGGAAGUUCAAGGAGAAAUGAAAGAAUUGUAUUGGUUGCUGAGUUCUAAGUGAAACAGGUUUGAUAGCACUUCUCAUGAUGCAUUUGGGUCAUUGCUAUGUAACAAAAAACCAACAUGAAUCUAAUUUAAACACAAAAAGAGUAAGUGUUCUGCUUCUUUAUUUAAGAGUAAAGAAGUGAAAAGUCAUUCAUCAACAUAAAAUCUUGGGCACUCUUCUCUGCUUUCUCUGGGAAAGCAUUGUAUGUUGGUGCAUUAGUUUAAAAUGCUGGCUGUAACUUUUGCCUGUACUUGUAGUUACUGGGAUUUUGUUUGUUUUAUACUUUGAAACAUACCUGUAAAUUGAGCCUGUGUGAAUUAUGUUCCACUAUAUGUAUAUUACAGUUCUUUUCCUAUUAGAGCAAGUUGUGGUUUUCUGAUAAUGUAUACAUUUAUUUAGGUAUAUAUUUAGCAGUUCACAGUAUUCUAAUCUGGAAGUAAGAGCUUCUGAAAAAUAGAACUUGUUUCAAUUUCCACCUGUUUUCUAAUCUCUAUCCCUGUAUGUAAAUAAUGAGUUUGUUGAUAUUUAAGAUGAACACAAUUUGAAUGUAAUUAAAAUGCUGUUUUUUUUUGAGAGAGAUGAACUUUAAAUAUACU